GCCAUCUUGUCGACGCGCGGGUGCUUUCGCUCUUGCCAAGUAGCCGUAUUUCGCUUCAGUUCCCAGGCUUCCCAUAGUGGCAUCCGCGGAGAACGUUGAGCCGGCGCUGAAAAACACACCCUCCGCAAAUGGCCGCUCCUGGGUAGAUUGAGGUGUCCUGCAAGAUGACACGUUUAUCAUCUGGGAGUUUCUACUCGCCUUUUACUUAGUGGGACUGUUUCAAUAACUUCCGUAGUGGUGGGAGCUGGAGAUUUCCUUGGUCCGAAGACCUCCCUGCCUACGUAUUUCUCCUGGUAGAAUGACAGGAAAAAGCCAGACUUUAAGUUUCCAACUCCCAGCUGUUGCACAGCCCGCUUCAGUGGAUAGCCACGUAUAUCCGUUUGGGAACAAUCUUAGUUCUGACAGUGAUGUUUUGGAAGAUGAAAUUGAAAUAUAUGAAUUGCGACCUCGGGGAAAAGAGAAAACUCGGAGAAGCACUUCAAGAGAAAGAAUGGAUGAUAUUGUAUUUAUAACUAAAGAUAUACAAGAAGGAGACACACUAAAUGCAUUAGCUCUUCAGUAUAGUUGUUCAGUAGCAGAUAUCAAACGGGUGAACAAUCUUAUCACAGACCAGGACUUCUUUGCACUAAGAACUAUUAAAAUUCCAGUUAAAAAGUUCAGCCUUCUGACAGAGACACAUUGUUUUCCAAAAAAUAGACAGAAUUCAAGAUCUGCCGCCUCUUCAUAUUCCACAGAAUUCUCAGAUUCAUCACUAGCACCUGAGUUGUUCUCGUCUACUGAAACAGCUGGUAACUUUUUGAAAGAAGUGGACCGUGAUAUAGAACAAAUAGUGAAGUGUAAUGCUACCAAAAGAGAAAAUCUUAAUGAAGUUGUUUCUGCUUUAUCAACCCAACAAUUGAACUUUGAACCAGAUGGUAAAACUGUCAGACAGAAAGAUCCUUAUUAUGGUGCAGACUGGGGAAUUGGAUGGUGGACAGCAGUGGUAAUAAUGGUGGUAGUAGGCAUUAUAACGCCUGUUUUUUAUCUUUUAUACUACGAAGUUUUGGUCAAAGUGGAUGUCAGUCAUCAUUCUACAGUGGAAUAUUCGUUAGUUGCACCAUCUCAGUCAAAGCCAUUAGAAAAUGAAAUAAAGCAGCCUAUUUCAUGAGGAUUAAGUUUUGGUUUUACAUGCUAAAUGUCUGAGCAUUCUUGCCAUAUAUUCUGCAAAGAAGCAUGAAAAUGUUUUGAGUGGAACUGUAAAGUGGCUAUCCAAUGAUAAUAUACUGUGUGUGUGGAAAAGUAGUCAAUAUAUUGAAAAAGUAAAAGUAUCUGGAUUUGCUAAAAUAUAUGGAUUUAAGCUGCCACCCUGCCAUUGAAAUUAAUACAACUGUAAUCAAUCUAAGUGAAGGCCAUUAGUGUAAACUUCAUAUUUACUUAAAAAUGUUUACUCUGGCUUUAAUGGUAUGGAGAUUCUAUUUACAUCAAGCAAUAAUAUCUUCUACCAUAGUAUAUGGAAUUAGGAAUAGUUUGGUUUUUUAGAUUUACUGAACAAGAACACUGCUUGGUAUUGCUGAACAGAAUAAUCAGUUUGAAUUAUUUGAAGAGCACUAUAUAAUGAAAAGGAACCAAUGAUUCAUAUAAUUCCUUUGUUCUAACUGCAAUGAGUGUCAGAGAAUGAAACCUAAACAGAAAAAAGGUGAAAGAAUUCCACAUUCUUUGAACUUCUUUGUUCCUAAAGUGCUCGUUGCAUUGAAUAAUACUGCAUAUCUUCAAAUGCAGAAGAGCUGUUUACUGUACACAAGCAGUUUGCACAAACUCCCUCUUAUAAAUGAUUUAGAAUUAAAGUGAAAGAAUACUACCUACUUGCAGGAAACCAGGAAUGGUAAUAUGAUAUCAGAUUUCUUUCAAGAUCAUAACAAUGACAUUGUGGAAGUUAAACAAUCCAUUGCCACUAAUGUAUCACAUGUACAGUUGAGCUGAAUAUUGUGCUAAGCCAUUAAAUGCUUGGGCUUUCAUUUGGUAUAUUAUUAUAACCUAACCAUUGGGAUAUUUAAAGAACCUUUUUGACUUAGUUCUACUAGUUAAUUUUUUUUAAAGUGGAAAACCAUGUUUCGGCAGCUAUGGUUUAGUGCACUUUAUAAAGCUAAUUCUGUACAUGGAUAAGACUUAGAGGAUGGCAGCCACACAAAAUGUAUAAAAAUACAUUAAACAAAUACAGUAUUAGUGGCUUAUUUCCUUCUUGAAUCUUCUAAUUUGGAACUUUUCUAUUGUGUUUGCACCCAUUCAGGGCCUUCCUGCAUUAGCUACCUAAUCAAUAUUAUUUUGGAAAACAAACCUAUUGUUCCUUAGGGCAUUAUUGGAAAUGUACUACAAGUGUAUACUUAAGAGAGGGAAAAGGACAUUCUUUUCAUUUUAGCAUAUGAUUAGUUGCAAAGCAAAGAAAUACAAGUGGAAUAUUUCUGAAAAUUUAAAGACAUGCUCUAUAAUUGGCACAUUAGAAGCCAAGUAUGACUGACUUAUAGAACUAGAAAACAAAAAAUAAUAAGCUGUGCAAUACUAUUUUAAAGAUCUCUAUGCCAUAAAACAUACAGGGUGGCAUAUAGUAAUGUUUUUUAACCAUCUACACUUUUUUGAAGUACCAGAAGUUGAGUACCUCAAGUAUGCUACAUUUUUUUUUUUUUCUUAUAACUUGAAUUAAGAAGUUUGAAAGGAAAAUAUUAAAGGAAGAUACAGUAUAAGUAUAGGUUAAACAGUCUUGGGUUUUAUCAUAGCUCAGGAGUUGUGCCUUAUUUCUACAACUGAAAAAUAUUGAUCUAUAGUGUUUCAUGAAUAAGUAGUAUACUUACAAAUGAAAGGUUUCUUCAUAAAAAUUAUGUAAACAAGUCCGUUUUGAAACUAAGGUCAAGAAUAUGUAAGCUAUAAAUCCUUAUGCAAUGUUGCUGUAUGUUUUUAUCUUUCCCAAAGUACAUUUUCAUCAUGUGAAGGACUGAAAAGACUAUGAAAAGUUAAUAUGAAGUUAAAGAAAAAACCUGGAGUACUAAGUUAAGAAAUUCCACUAAAAUAAAGCAAUUAAAUUCAGAAUAUCAGGUUUGUGAGUAUACUACAUAACUGAAGCAUAUGAAAUAGUUUAAUUGUCAUUUGGAAAAGAAAUUUUCACAAAAUGAGAUUUAUGUAAGUUUCAGAAUUUAUCAAAAGGCCUUUGGCCAGAGUAUUAUUUCAAAAAGAAUAUAAAUAAAUAUAUAUAUAUAUUUCUAA